GCCAGCUUCAGGCGUCACUUCUCACGCGACUUUCUGCGGGAAACAUGGCGGCACUGAGCGGUGUCCGCUGGCUGACCCGAGCGUUGGUCUCCACCGGGAACCCUGGGGCAUGGAGAGGUCUGAGUACCUCGGCCGCGGCGCACGCUGCAUCGCGGAGCCAGGCCGAGGACCUGAGGGUGGAGGGCUCCUUUCCCGUGACCAUGCUUCCGGGAGACGGUGUGGGACCUGAGCUGAUGCACGCCGUCAAGGAGGUGUUCAAGGCUGCCGCUGUCCCAGUGGAGUUCCAGGAGCACCACCUGAGUGAGGUGCAGAAUAUGGCAUCUGAGGAGAAGCUGGAGCAGGUGCUGAGUUCCAUGAAGGAGAACAAAGUGGCCAUCAUUGGAAAGAUUCAUACCCCGAUGGAGUAUAAGGGGGAGCUAGCCUCCUAUGAUAUGCGGCUGAGGCGUAAGUUGGACUUAUUUGCCAACGUAGUCCAUGUGAAGUCACUUCCUGGGUAUAUGACUCGGCACAACAAUCUAGACCUGGUGAUCAUUCGAGAGCAGACGGAAGGGGAGUACAGCUCUCUGGAACAUGAGAGUGCAAGGGGUGUGAUUGAGUGUUUGAAGAUUGUCACACGAGCCAAGUCUCAGCGGAUUGCAAAGUUCGCCUUUGACUAUGCCACCAAGAAGGGGCGGAGCAAGGUCACUGCUGUCCACAAGGCCAACAUCAUGAAACUUGGGGAUGGAUUGUUCCUGCAGUGCUGCGAGGAAGUUGCUGAACUGUACCCCAAAAUCAAAUUUGAGACAAUGAUCAUAGACAACUGCUGCAUGCAGUUGGUGCAGAAUCCUUACCAGUUUGAUGUGCUCGUGAUGCCCAAUCUCUAUGGGAACAUUAUUGACAAUCUGGCUGCUGGCCUGGUUGGGGGAGCUGGUGUGGUCCCUGGUGAGAGCUAUAGUGCAGAAUAUGCAGUCUUUGAGACGGGUGCCCGGCACCCAUUUGCCCAGGCAGUGGGCAGGAAUAUAGCCAAUCCCACAGCCAUGCUGCUGUCGGCUUCCAACAUGUUGCGGCAUCUCAAUCUCGAGUAUCACUCCAACAUGAUUGCAGAUGCAGUGAAGAAGGUGAUCAAAGUUGGCAAGAUCCCAUCUGCUGUUCCCUCUUUCCUGCUUCAUCCACUGCCCUUUUCAUGGGCCAUCUGAAUGCAGAACUUGCAGCUCUCCUUGGGGGUGGAACAGCAAGGGAUACAGGCAGGCUGAAGCAUCAGCUUCACCUUCACACCCAUCUCCUUUCCGCUGCGAUUCUUUCCUUCCACCUGGUCUUGUCUCUGUUUCUUCCAAGGAAGGUAGCCACAUCGCGCCUCUGAUCUGCAUUUCCCAUCAUCUUUGCCUGCUCAGCCUUCUGUCUUGCUCUGGCUGCAGCACAGCUAAUAGUGGCUUAAGAGGAGUGGGCAGGUCCAUGUGCUUCCCAACCUGGCUCCUCCUUCCAUUCCUGUGCAUUGCCUCUUUUUUCUGGCUGUCACGCAUUCUUGGAUUCCAUUUCCUCAAUCACAUUGCCCUACCUCCCUUCAUGGGCUCUCUUUUCUCCC